GGAGCCGGAGAUGGAGGCGGUGAAAGCAAAGUUUGCUGACUAAAAUGGCGACAGAGGCGCAGAGUGAAGGGGAGGUGCCAGCCAGAGAUUCCCGCCCGAGUGAUGCCAUCUGUAAUUUUGUAAUCUGCAAUGACUCUUCCCUUCGUGGGCAGCCCAUUAUCUUUAAUCCGGAUUUUUUUGUGGAGAAACUCCGACAUGAGAAGCCUGAGGUGUUCACUGAGUUGGUGGUCAGCAAUAUCACGAGGCUCAUCGACUUACCUGGAACUGAGUUGGCUCAGCUGAUGGGGGAAGUGGACCUUAAGUUGCCUGGUGGGGCCAGCCCGGCGCCGGGAUUCUUCCGGUCUCUGAUGUCUCUCAAGCGAAAGGAAAAAGGAGUGGUCUUUGGAUCUCCAUUGACAGAAGAAGGCAUUGCCCAGAUCUACCAGCUGAUUGAGUAUCUACACAAAAACUUGAGAGUCGAGGGUCUGUUUAGAGUACCAGGGAAUAGUGUCCGACAGCAGAUUUUAAGAGAUGCUCUCAAUAAUGGAACUGAUAUUGACUUGGAAUCGGGGGAGUUUCAUUCAAAUGAUGUUGCUACCUUGCUGAAGAUGUUUCUAGGCGAGUUACCUGAGCCACUGCUGACUCAUAAACAUUUCCAUGCACACCUCAAAAUUGCUGAUUUGAUGCAGUUUGAUGAUAAAGGAAACAAGACCAGUGUACCAGAUAAGGAGCGGCAAAUUGAGGCUCUCCAGUUGCUUUUCCUCAUUCUCCCUCCACCUAAUCGUAACUUGCUGAAGUUAUUGCUUGAUCUCCUGUACCAGACAGCAAAGAAACAAGACAAGAAUAAGAUGUCUGCCUAUAACCUUGCCCUUAUGUUUGCACCCCAUGUCCUGUGGCCGAAAAAUGCCACUGCAAAUGACCUUCAAGAGAAUAUCACCAAGUUAAACAAUGGGAUGGCUUUUAUGAUUAAACACUCCCAGAAACUUUUUAAGGCUCCUGUUUAUAUUCGGGAAUGUGCCAGAUUGCACUAUUUGGGCUCCAGAACUCAAGCAUCAAAGGAUGAUCUUGAUCUGGUAGCUUCAUGUCAUACUAAGUCCUUCCAACUGGCAAAGUCUCAGAAACGGAACUGGGUUGACUCCUGCUCCCAUCAGGAGGAGACCCAGCAGCGCACGGAUGAGGCGCUGAGAGAGCUGUUCCGACAUGUUCACAAUAUGCCUGAGUCUGCGAAGAAGAAGCAGCUUAUUCGACAGUUUAACAAGCAAUCGGCGACCCAGACACCCGGGCGAGAAUCUUCUACUCCUCAGGUACAGAGGAGAGCCCGUUCACGUUCCUUCAGUGGCCUUAUUAAGCGGAAGGUCCUGGGAAAUCAGAUGAUGUCAGAAAAGAAAAACACGUAUGCUACUCCAGAAUCUGUAGCCAUUGGUGAAUUGAAGAGAGCCAGCAAAGAAAAUAUGAACUUAUUAUUUCCUGGCUCUCCGGCUGUCACAAUGGUGCCAACAAGAUUGAAAUGGUCUGAGGGGAAGAAAGAGGGGAAAAAAGGAUUCCUCUGAAGGAUCCAGAGUUCUGUUGCCCACCCAGAAUUUUCUCUGAGUGGGCCAGGCAUCAUUACUGCUCGCAGAGAAGCUUGGACUUGCAGCCUGCUUGCUGCAUUUUUAAUUGUGAAAGUUAACUAAUCCUGUGACCUGACUGAUACCUCUAACCCCACUCACUGGAGAGUGUCUGCAGAUUCUGCCUCCUGAAUGAGUGCUGGCAUCUCUCUCUUUCUCUCUCUUUGAAAAUAUCACGGGGAAACCACUAGCCAGCCAGCCAGCCAGCUCACCCAGCCCCAUAAACGGACGGGACCAGGUGGGCUUCAGUGCUCAGUUUGCGUAUUUGUUUAGGCAGAUACUAUUUUCACAAAUAUGAAAGUUGUGCUCAACUGUCUGUUUUUUUUAAAGUACUGUCAAUCCUAGUGGGUUGAUAUUAUUUUAGGGCUUUUCUCUGUUUUGAUAGUGUUGUGGGUAUUUUGGUUGUUUGUUGUUUGUCUUUUUUAGAGCCAUUUUUCGGAUAGGUACCUAAAUUGCCUCUCAGACCGAUGUCUUUCCCUUCUUCUUCGCCGUUAGCUUUGGGAAAGCUCUAUACUCAUGCGGCUGUACUCCUCAAUACCGUGUGUGUCCAGAGAACCUAACAGCUUUCCUGGAAAUUUAAAAAUUAUUUCUUGGGCCUGAGAUUGCAGAUGUUUGGCCUGUGGUACUGAAAAAGGAGAAUUCAGAAUGAUAGACUAUUUUAACAAAUCAGUUAUUAAACUUUGUCCCUUCUUCCCUCCCUGCGUCUCUCCCUCCUUCCCUCUCUCCCCCUUUCUUCAAUGAUGCCAAAGUAAUUGUUGUGUGGUUGCUGAACUCGUCUCCUUCAUUCAGUGUCCUCUUGCCCAAAGCAUCCCUGGUGCCGGUACUUCUGUGCCAAAUCACUGUGCCUCGGGGAAAGUCACUGACGGCUUACUAGAGGUUUGCUGAUAUAUCUGAAUGUAGUGGGAGCUAGGGAGUGUGACUAGGAUGGGGCAGGCUGGCUUUAUGUCCACGCUGACUCCUUGUGGGUGGAAUUAUAUAGCAUCCUUCUAAGGGAUCGGGUGUGCGGGCUAGACUGUCUCCUGAGAGCAAGCUGGCGCCACAGGGAGGCAGCGAGCAUCACCCUGCAGGGCUGGGAGGGUUUAAAGGAGCGUGUUCUCCUUUGGAAGCAGUUGAGGCUUAUCACCGGUGCUUGAGGAGGGUUGCUUGCCACCCCCUCCUCGGCAGGAUGGGCACAGGCCGGGCUGGGGCUUUGACCGGGCUGGGGAUGUUCACGGGUGCUGGGGGUGAGUGGUGGCUUGAUCCGGUGUGCGGACUCACUGCCUAGAGAGCAGCGUGUGGCUGGCGGGCAUGGUCACGGCGGGCCUGCUCUGCUAAGCUGCGCAGCCGCUCUCGCCCUGUGCUGGAGUGAGUCAGGCUCUGUGGGGAAGCAGUUGCCCAGCAAAGUAUGAUUUGCCGACUCUCUUUAAACUAUUGAAAAAGCUGCGCUUCUCCUGUCACGGAAGAGGACUCUAGGGAGAGCAUGCAUUGGCCUUGUGUUCAGGUGUUGGUCCUCUCUUCAUGCUUGUGUUUCAUUUGCUGCUGCAGCAGCAGUAGUUAAGGGAAAUGUAACAUAUGGCUUUCCAAUUGGAUGGAUUGUGAGCAGGAGAUGUUGAGGAGUCGAACCUGCAUAGAAUCCCUUUUCUCUAAAACGGUUUUAUGUCAUUCUUAAAAAUAUUUUUAGCAAAUUCGUUUAUGUAGAUUUCUAUUUGGCUUUUUCUUAUGGAGAAAAUAAGCACCAGCUACCAGUCAGUGAACUGCUUUUGGUGUGACCAGACUGCAGUCAUGCUCUCCCUUAACUCUGUAGUUCUUUUCUUUACUCGUCUAAAUGUUUCAUCCCUGAGUGGAAUGGUCUGUUAAACAUCAGGCUGGCAUCAGGUGGAGAGAGCAGAGCAGUGACCUCAGGUUGGUCCUGGCGUCCUAUUUGAGGAGCGUGGCUGAGAUUUAGGAGACUUUCUCUGGUUGGACAGGGCUGAUAACCAGGGUAGUGCUCUGGCGCUAGGGUGGAGAGAGAGGUUCUUGCCACACGCACAUGCUUUCCUAUAGCCUGCCCCUGUGGGCAAUUUAUGUGUGUAUGCGGGUAUGUGUGUUUCCUUUACGUUAUUUAUUAAAUAUACUUUCCCUUGCUUAAAGGGUGUGUUAGGUCAUUUUUUAAUAGAAGCUGUGAUCCGGUUGGAAUCCAAAUUUGAGAAAUAAACAGCCUAACCUUCUGCCUUAUAAUAUGUAAGUGUUCUAAUCCUGUGGAAUCUUCCAGACAACUCAAAGGCAAAAGCCCUUUAUCAUUUGCCACAGAGAGGUACUGUCUCCCUUCUGACUUGGUGGGCGGGUUUUCUUGAGCCUGUGUUUAACAGUUUCUUAAUCUAUGUUUUUUUAGUCUGUUAUGUUUAUUUUUCACGUUGGAACAGUCUCUUUGGAAAUGCCUCUUCUUAUGGCUUUUAAGAUUUCAUUUCUUUCUGGGGUCAAUUGCGAUGGAUUCUGAUGUGUCAAUGCAGGGGAGGGUAUGUGUGCCAGUGGGCGUGAACGUGGAAACGCAGAGCACCGCCUUGAUUCAGAUCACUGCGUGAAUUGGUGAAAGCCAUAGGCACUGGGGUGUCUAACCUUUUAUAAUGAUAGACUUUUGCACUGAGACCGGAGAGGCUGCAGCGGAAGAAGCUCCGAAGACACUGACCGUACCUGAGUGCCAAAACACGUUAGAGGGGAAGGUACUCAGCGGGUCGUAACUGAAACCGCGCAUGGUCCUCCACACACUCUUCACCCCGAAUAUCCUUCUAGGGUCUGUCAGGAAUGACAAGGGAGCACCCUUGUGAAAUGGAGCAGUGCAGGGCUGUUGACGGCGGUGACCACUGCAGGGGCAGCCGCGUGUUGGCCUAUGAGGAAACCAGCAGAUCCCAGCGAGUCGGAGCUGAGCCUUCCCUCCUGUGUAGCGGUGUUGUGCAGCUUCCCUCACGGGAGCCUCUGUUAGGAUAUGGUUUAAAAUACUGCCCCCCUAGGAGGACCUGUGGUCAUUGCAGCCUCGUAGUGACCCGCGGUGUGGCCCAUGCGUACCUGGGGCAGCCAUCUUCGGGAACGGACUUCUCUAGACUCUCGCUGCUUCCUUACUUCAUACAGGGCCUCACGCAAAUGCUGGAAGGUCUGUUCUAAGUAGAACUUCUUUUCCCAGGGAAAGCCUCAUCCCUGUCCCCUCCACCCUGAAGCUUUUGUACUGAAGACAGGACCUUGAUCUAAACCUAGACACCAGCAUUUGGCAAGAUUGCUCUAGAAUCUGGGGAAGAUUUGGGUUCCUCAGAGGCACAGGCUUUUCAAACCAGUGGUGAUUAACCCAGUCUAAAACUCCCUGCAGGAAAGCUAGCUUUCCCAGCAGCCACUGCUGACGUCUUUCCACUAGCGGAGAGUCAGUGCCGGGGCUGGUAAGGAGGUGCGGUAGUAACAGCCGGGUGCUUGGGUUGCCGGGGAAGCCGAGUGUGCGAGGCCACAGCCAGGGGGCUGAGGAGCCGUUGAGCAGAGCACUGACCUCCACUUGCUGGCGCUGCUGCCCCGGGCCCUUCGUAGCAGGGGUUGCCCUUGCAUUCUCCCUGAGCUCGCUCAACACGAGAAACGGGGUUUCUUAACUCUUUCACCCCUUUUUGUAUAUCUUUCUUAUUUGACUAUAUAUCAGAUAUAUCUAUGUAACUGUAAAGAAACAAUCAUAUGCAUUGUCUUUUUUUAUUCAUGUAAUAUUCUGAAAUUAAAUCUUUUGUUUCAUAUCCA